CACUCCGCUCCGCGUUUUGCGUCUUUCCGCGUGCCUCAGUAAAAUGGCUGUGUCUCGCGAAGCCUCGUGCUGGUUUGAUCAGUUUCUCGCCCUCAGUCUCGCUCUGUAACAGAAGCCCCCCCACAUUCAGUGUCGCUUAAAUUAUUUCCCGGGAUCUUUAUUUAUAUUCUUCCAUUAACUUUUUAUUCGACUCGGAACCGGUAGGCCAACCCGGAUUCUGUCUGGUGUUGGGGGGGGAUGAACCGGGACACGGGAACAUUGGUAUAAAUAAUUGUAUUUGUAUUCAAUGCUACUGAGAGGCUGAUUGUGACUAACUCGCUGUGAAAGAGAGGGAGAGAGAGGGAUAUCAUGGCCGCUCAGGUCGCUAGCGCCGCCACUCUCAACAGCAGUCCGCCUUCCGAACUAAAAAAGGCUGAUCGGGACCCGCUCGAGGAAUCGGUACCGGGGGAAAAGCAGCAGGAAAAUAAGGAACCGGGAUCAGAGAGCGGAUCUCCGGGUCAGAAGGAUCUGCAGGACGGGGCCGAUGCUGGAAAUGCGGGGGGAGGAGGGGAUCCUGAGAUGAAGAACGGCAACGGGAAUCCGUCCAGGUUGAACAAUAAUAAUAACCAGAAUGAUUCAGUGGGACCUGACGGGAAUAGCCAUCCCGGGAUGGGACACCAUCACCCGGGCGGUUUUCCUCCAUCUCCCUACGGUUACAGCCAGCACUACAGCCGGCCCCCUUUUCAUCAACAUGGCGGACAACAAAGCCCUGGCAUGGCAGCGGCAGCGGGGCCGGCUGUGCAGCCAGGCAAUAUGAUGGACUCAUAUCAGCCCAGUUCUCAUGAGCACGGCUUCCCUAACCACCAGUUUAAUAGCUACAGCCAGUUCCCGAACCGGACGCCCUACCCAGGCCCCGGCUACGCCAUGAAUUCCCCGAGAAGCAACCAGCCCCCGGCGGCUGGGGGGCAGCCAGGCAAGCAGCAGCAGCCAGCGGGAGGAACCACUGCUAUGGCUGCCUCCUACAACGCUCAGAGGUAUAACUCGGGAAGCCAGCCGCCUAACUCCACUCCUACCCCGACCCUAAAUCAGCUCCUGACCUCGCCCAGCUCUUCGCGGGGCUACCAGAGCUACCUACCGAGCGACUACAACAACCAGGAAGGGGCUAACAAGGGACCACCAGACAUGGGAAGCAGCAGUCAGUAUGGUGGUGGGGGCCACCAGGCUUGGCAACAAAGGAGCCAUCACCCACCGCCUAUUAGCCCGGGAAACUCCGGACAGCCUCUGACCCGAAAUCAGGUAGGUCCCGGUUGAGCCCUGGGCACCCGU